AUGGCCGAUAGUACUUUCUCCUCUAUCCCUGUCGUGGACUUGCGUCGUCUUCAAGAUCCACUGACCAAAGCGGAAGCCUUGGAGCAAUUACGGAAAGCCAUCUUCCAGGUUGGGUUCCUGUACUUGAUCAAUCAUGGACUCGAGCCACUUGUGAAAAGGACGCAUGCGAAGCUUCCGGAGCUUUUUGCCUUGCCCACUGAGGUCAAGGAACGAUGUAAUAUGAUCAAUUCCCCGGCGUUCGUCGGGUACACUCGUCUCGGAGCAGAGACCACAGCAUCCAAGACGGAUCUGCGAGAGCAAUUCGACUUCGGUACGCCGGGUAUGAAACCAUGGACUGAAAACGACCCCUUCUGGCAGAGACUCGAGGGAGACAGUCAGUACCCGGACCAUCCCGGGGCCCAAAAGCUCGUCGAAGAUUACAUCGCAGAGUCCGCAAAGCUAUCGCAGGAAUUCAUGCGAUACGUGUCAGAAUGUCUCUCUCUACCCCCAACAACCUUCGAGUCAUUUAAGGGCAAAAUGGACCGUCUGAAGUUCAUCAAGUAUCCCCAGGCUGCGCCCGGCUCCCAGGGAGUAGGUCCACACAAGGACUCGACGGGCUUAUUCACUUUCCUCUCGCAGGACGACACGGGCGGACUCCAAGUGCUCAACAAGAACGGCGAGUGGAUCGACGCCCCUCCGAUUGAGGGGAGUCUGGUCGUGAACAUCCAACAGGGGUUCGAGGCGAUUACCGGCGGUAUCUGCACUGCGACGACCCAUCGUGUGAUUGCCCCCACGACCAAGACGCGAUACAGCAUUCCAUUUUUCCUCGGCGUGCGAAUGGACCUCACGCUCGACCAGCUUCGCGAAUCCGCAGCACAUAUUGUAAAAUGUAUUCCUGCUUCGGAUGACCGGAAGAAACGAGCCGUCGAUGUGCCCAGCGAGUUCCUCUCGCCUUUGUAUUCAUGUUUCGGCGAAGCAUACCUGCGUAAUCGGAUUAUCAGCCAUCCAGACGUAGGGCAGAAGUGGUAUCCGGAAUUGUAUGAGCGGUAUACUAAGGAGAAGCUCACGUAG